AUGGCUUCUUCCAACAGUAGAACAAGCUCAGCUCAGGGUCUCUUCGAGACCGAAAUGGCUCGCGCCUAUUCCCCCAACUCGCAAUUCUCAAGAAAGCAAUGGGACCCCGUUCUGCGCACCUGGCGCCUAUCCAAGGCCGUGCAACUAUUCCCACCACAGCAUGCAUCCAAAGCCGAUGCUAUCUUCGGUGAAGGCGCCGCCAAUGAGAUCUACUCACCUCACAACGGCCUAUUCCUGCAUGAGAUGGUUGAUCAUGCCCUCAAGCAAGGCUACAUUGCCAUCGUACCAAAUGGACGCUUCGAAUUCAAGGUCGUUGUCCUAGACAAGUAUCGUCGAGAGGUGCACCGUCGGAUCGCUCGCUUCGAAGUCGACGGGUUCAGUCGAUACAUCGACCUUAAUGAACGGCAACUCCUUUUCAAAACUGACGCCAGGCCUAAGAUACGUUACGUCUGGUGGACGUACGUCAACGCCAUACUACAAGCGUUCCACUUCGCCGACUGCGUUUCUGACUACGGCAAGAUUGAUCAUCGUUCUGAGGUGCGAUGGUUUGAUUCAUACUGGACGCCCCAUGGACCCUUUGCCAAGCGUAACCAGUUGAGAUGGUUUAUGAAAUCUGGCUGUGGACCCUGUUGGACGUCUGCUUUCCUUCAUGGUUUUGAAGAGGGAGGUGACACACUUACCGCCAAACGGGACCUGGAGAUUAUCUUCACCGACGACCAUUACGAACGACGGCGAUCUCCAGUACCCGACUAUGAGGAAAUUGCCGCGGGCGAUGACGAGGAUACCGAAGAACGAGGACACAAUGGCGAAGUGAUCUCGGGGGGUAAUAAUACUGUAGUAUCGCUUACAAGAGCCACCACCAAUCUACAACUCCGACGCGAUCCUAACCCUUCCGCCACUUCUAUUUAUCCACCCCGCACUUUUGUCCCUGCACCCCCUUACUCUUCCAACCCUGCUCACCCUUACCCUUCCGUACCUCCUCCGUCUUACUCUUCUGGCCCUCCUCCUCCUUAG